AUUAUCCAGAUCCGUUUCCGGUUUUAUGGACUAGAUUGUUGUAUGUCUUUUCUCACAUGAUACUUCCGGUAAAUUGUCAAAAUGGCAAGUCAAACGACGGGAAUUCAACAAUUGUUAGCGGCCGAGAAAAAAGCUGCAGACAAGGUUGCCGAAGCUAGAAAACGCAAGGGUAAGCGUCUCAAGCAGGCCAAGGAGGAGGCUCAGGCUGAGAUUGAGCAGUACAGGAACAAGCGUGAGGUCGAGUACAAGGCAUAUGAACAGAGUGUACUGGGUUCCCGAGGUGACAGGGAGAGACAGAUAGAGAGGGACACAGAUGAGAAAAUCAAAGCCAUCGAGAAGAAUGUGCAGAAAAACAGCCCUGAGGCCCUUAGCAAACUUUUAGAAAAGGUGUACUCAAUUAAACCAGAGCUGCACCAGAAUCUACGCUUGUAGAUAUGUGAACUAUAGUCACAAUUAGGCGGUGUAAAUCAUUUCAAGUUUCAUUGUCAUUUCAUGAUUUCUAAUCAAGUGUUUUACAUCUGUACUGUGUAGGUUCUCAUUGAUGUUUAGACGUGGUGAACAGAAAUAAUUCACCCGCUGCUGUGAAUCAGCGAGCCAGUUUAAAAGGCAUUUAUCAUGAUCUUUAAAAAAAAAGUGAUGCCAGCAUGUAUCUGAAUAAUUAAAAAGGCAAUAUUGAAAAUAGAUGAAAGUUGUUUGUAUGAGGAUAUUGAAUAUAAUUAAUAUUAUAAUAUAUAAUUUCCUAUGUUUAAGUUGUUACUGUAGAUGUCAAGUUAGUUCGAUUUCAUGCAUGCAUAGUGUAUAAUAAGUGAGGUGAGAUUUCUGUGUUAAGUUAGAAAAUUUCAUUGGCAAUGAAAAUAUAAAAAUUAUUUAUUGAAAUUUAUUUGAAAUUUAAACAGAUUUCUAUGUUUUAUUUUGUCACAUACAUCUUGUGAGUGUAUGGUAUGAUUGAAAUAGAUUACCUCUGUUUAAAUCUUUACUAUAGGAGACACAUAAAAUAAAUUCUACAUGUAACAUUGAAUAUAAAAAUCACUUGAUAUCACUGGAAUUGUCAUAAAAUGUAUGUUAAAUUAAAGUGUUUGCCAUGCAUAGUUCUUUACAGAAAUACGCAGAAUCGGAAUUGUUAAUUAAUGUUCAUAUGCUGUAUUGAUAGUUGUUAACAUUAGUACAUUAUUCUAUAUCAAGAGAUUGCUUGUGACAAACUGGUCAGUUCUUUGAAAACAGUCACAUUUAUUUACAGAAUGAUGUAUGAAGUAUAUUUGGUUGUAGUGUUGUACAUGUAUUAUUGUUGUAUGUAGGAAAGAAGCUGUAAAACAUAAUUGUUAUUCAAGAAUAUAUUGAUGUUAAAAUGUG